AUGGAGACUUUAGAGCGCAUCCGGAGAGUUAAGAAUAUUAAGAGUGAAAUAUCAAGAGAAUGGAAGUUAGAUGAUAAGGAUGUAGCCGAAUUUAUUGUUUAUUUAGGCGAGAAUAGUUCUGAUUGUAAUGAAUUUAUUAGUAAACUAAAGCCGAAUAUUGAUAUAAAUGUCUCCAGUGAUUUUCUAAAUAAGUUAUUUAUGAUAAUUAGAGGUAUCAAACCUGAAAUGAAGAAUGGGGAGCAGUCAAAAAGUACAAAUAAAAUAAUUGAUGACAAUUAUAGCUGUAAUAUUGAUGCUCAAGAUGAGCAAGUGGAUUAUCCAGGAAGUAGUAAUACAUUAGAAAUAAAAUCUAAUAGUACAGGCAAGAAUUCUACUAAAGACCUAAUGAAUGAAAAAUUGAAGAUCAGUACAAAAUAUCCAUGUUUAACAAUCCCUAAUAAUAUAGAUAGAGUGGAGUUGAAGUUUAAUAUACCAAGUGAGAAGAAGCUACAAAGUGCAGACUCAUUACAACUUAUUAAAAGAGAAGAUGAUAAAUAUUUGGAUCUCAACAAGAGGAAUAGUUGUACAUCAGACACUAUAAAGAGCGGAUACGGUAUGAACGAUACAGAAUAUAAACAUGGAUAUGGCCCAGUUACAGGUAUUAAAAUAAAUUCGAAUACAUCUUUUAGUGAUUUUCAAACUGCAGAUAGUACUAAUGUAAAUAAUGUAAAUGUAGGGAAUUUAUACAAUGACUAUGAAAGGUGGGAACUACUUCAAUUAAUUAAUUCUGGGGCAGUUUCAGUUGAUGAAUUAAAUGAAUAUGAUAGGAACUGUAUAAAUAAAGAAAUGAAUGUAUUGUAUUCUGGGUCUUUAGUAGAGACAUCAGUUGAAAUAGAACUUCGAGACUUUGAGCCUAAAUUUUUACGUGGUCAGACUUUCAAAAGACAUAAUAUAGAUUUUUCUAUUCAACCAACAAUACAAAUUUCUGCCAAUCCUGAAGGAAGUUUAAGUAAGGCAGCUGAAUUAGCAUCUAAUAUUGCUAGGGAGAGAAGAGAAAUACGUGAUUUUCAAGAAAAGGCACUUUUAGAUAGUAUACCACGUGAUAUGAAUAGGCCAUGGGAGGAUCCAUAUCCUGAAUUGGGUGAACGUACAAUAGCAGGUAUGCUGCAAAGUAUUGGUGUUGAGGCUUGGCAAGUACCUGAAUGGAAACGCCAAUACUUUGGUAAAAAUUUAAGCUUUGGUCAAAAGACUGAUAUAACUUUAUCAAUUCAGGAACAAAGGAGGAAUUUGCCUAUAUUUGCUUUGAGAGAGUCAUUAGUUGAUGCAGUGAGAAAGAAUCAAAUAAUUGUAGUUAUAGGAGAAACUGGUAGCGGCAAAACAACACAAAUUACUCAGUACUUAUAUGAAGAGGGAUUCUGUGAUGAUGGCAAUAUGAUAGGAUGUACUCAACCGAGGAGAGUAGCUGCUACAUCUGUUGCGAGAAGAGUUGCUCAGGAGGUUGGUUGUACUAUUGGCUCAACUGUAGGUUUUUCAAUUAGAUUUGAAGAUGUUACAUCAUCUGAGACUAGAAUCAAGUAUAUGACAGAUGGCAUGCUUUUAAGAGAGGCUCUUUCAGACCAUUCACUUUCCAAAUAUAAUGUAAUUAUGUUAGAUGAGGCUCAUGAAAGAACAAUAACUACAGAUGUCUUGUUUGGUUUACUCAAGGCUACCUGUAUUGAACGUCCUUCAUUUAGAUUAAUUGUGACAUCUGCUACACUGGAGGCAGAUAAAUUCUCACGAUAUUUUAUGAACUGUAACAUUUUUGCAAUACCAGGACGUACAUUUCCUGUAGAGAUUUUAUAUACGAGGGAACCAGAAAGUGACUAUGUAGAAGCAGCUCUCCUAACAGUAUUACAAAUUCAUUUACGUGAACCUCCAGGAGAUAUCUUAGUAUUUCUGACAGGUCAAGAAGAGAUAGAUAAUGCUUGUCGGACUUUACAUGAACGUAUGCAAAAGUUAGAGAAUCUAAAUCCCCCUCCAUUAAUAAUUCUACCUGUAUACUCAUCUCAACCAAGUGAAGUCCAAUCAUUAAUUUUUGAACCUACACCAGAAGGUUGUCGAAAAUGUGUUAUAGCAACAAAUAUUGCUGAAGCAUCACUAACUAUUGAUGGAAUAUAUUUUGUUAUAGAUCCAGGUUUUGCUAAAAUGAUGGUUUUUAAUUCAAAAACUGGGAUGGAUAGUUUGGUCGUUGCACCUAUUUCACAAGCUAGUGCAAGGCAAAGAUCUGGUAGAGCAGGGCGAACAGGUCCUGGAAAGUGUUAUAGGCUUUAUACAGAGAUAGCCUUUAAGACAGAAAUGCUCCCUGUUACAAUACCAGAGAUCCAAAGAACAAAUUUGUCUAAUACAGUCUUACUACUAAAGGCAUUAGGAAUUAAUGAUCUCCUUAACUUUGACUUUAUGGACCCACCUCCACCUCAUACAUUGUUGAUUGCUUUAGAAACAUUGUAUGAGUUAGAUGCACUAGAUGACAAUGGAAUUUUGACUCGUUUAGGCAGAAAGAUGGCCGAACUACCUAUGAGUCCAAAUCUUAGUAAGAUGGUUCUUUCAUCUGUUGACUUGGGAUGUUCAGAUGAAAUUAUUACUAUAACAUCUAUGUUAAGUGUUCAAAAUGUAUUUUAUCGUCCUAAAGAUAAACAGGCUGCAGCUGAUAGGCAUAAGUCCAAAUUUCAUCAUUCAUAUGGAGAUCAUUUAACUUAUUUGAAUAUCUAUAAUUCGUGGCAGAGACAGAGAUAUUCAGUACCGUGGUGUUAUGAGAAUUUUUUGCAAUCUAGAUCUUUAAAGAAAGCUCAAGAUGUAAGGAAACAACUAAUUAGUAUAUUUGACAAAUAUCAGCUUAACAUAAUAUCUGCAAGAAACGACUAUGACAAGAUUCGCAAGGCUAUUUGUGCGGGAUUCUUCAGUCAUGCUUGUAAGAAGGAUUCUCAGGAAGGUUAUAGAAGCUUGGUUGAUAAUCAGCAAGUAUAUUUACAUCCCUCUAGUACACUGUUUAACAAAUCUCCAGAAUGGCUUCUAUAUCAUGAAUUAGUAUUUACAACCAAGGAAUAUAUCCGUGAUUGCUGUACAAUUCAACCAAAUUGGCUUGUAGAAUUAGCUCCAAAUCUUUUCCAAUUUGCAGAUGAAGCGAAAAUCUCAAAGAGAAAGAUGAGAGAAAAAGUACAACCCUUAUAUAACAAGUAUGAAGAUCCUAACUCCUGGAGGUUGUCUAAAAGAAGGAGGUAGUUUUAUAUCUUGAUAUAGCAGAAUAUGAUAACCGGUAAGAUUUUGAGAUAAGUUACUAUACAUUAAGAGACUUAAUUAUAAUAUUCCUAUUUUAAAUAUAUGAAAAUUAAGGUGUUUGAAUUUUUUGUAUAGAUUUCUUGAUAUACUUGGAAUGUACAAUGUCAUACAGAAACAAAGACUGUUUCUUAUAAUAGAGCUACCUUGUUGAAAUUGUGACGAUACUAAUUUCAGUCAUUAUUUUCUCCGCACUUAAUGGUGGGAGAUGGAUAUAUCCAGCUAUAAUUGCUAUCUUAGCUAUUAUCUGGAUGUUCUAAUUCCAUUUUAUCUUAUUUACACUAAUGGCUAAAAACAAUUUAAGGCCACUAUUAUUCAAAAUAUAUUGGCAUGGAGACUUUCUGAAUUUAGAGGACCAUCUCUUGGCUAGCUAAAUUCUGCAGAUAGUUUACAUUUGAGAUGGGGUUUCUGUUAAACUCACCUUGUACUUAUCUGCCAUAUCUGGUAUUACCGGCUUU